GGCUGGCCUCGACUUUGUCGUCAAAGCUCCUUCUCAUAAUAGAUAUGGCACCUAACGUGCAUCCAAAAUUUUCAAUGUACCCGCAAGCUAAAGAAAAAAUCUCCAAGAAUAACAUCACCGGCAGCGACGAGUCAGCAGGAAUCUCGAAAGUUCGUCCUUUGGGAGAAGGCCUAAAUAGUUGCUGAAAUGGUUCGACGAAGGGCCCUGGCCCACUCGGCCACGAGGGCUUCGAUGGCCGCCUACCAGCACUUGUGGUCUAAUGCCCAGCAGAUGCAUCCCCGGACCGUGAUGGUGCCCUCGAUGCCGGAAUAUUGGCAUUCGCUUUGCAACAAGAUGGGCGGGGCGCUUCCCCGGAUGGCGGUGUUGCCUCCGCCGGAGGCCAGCAGCCGGAGAUUGACGCGCCUGCGUCGCCAGAUGAUGCGAACGCCCAAGGAGGGCAUUAAUCUAAGCAACUUUGUCGCCAACUACAUGCAACAGUCAAUGAUGCAACAGCAACACCAGCACCCGCAACACCUGCAGCAGCAUCAGCAGCAGACUUCGCAGGUGUCCUACCAACCCGUGUGGAAUAGAUCUUGCUAUGGGACACCGAUGAGGGAGUCGGCUUCCAUUAUGCAUACAUUCUACCGACCUCAAGCAGCAGCCCAGCCGGAAGUUAAAUAUUCCCCGAAAUCACCUCAGGAGGAUCGGAACUACUACGACUAUCCUUCGACGGCGAGUCAGUUGCAACUGCAAUGGCAGCAGCAGCAGGCUCAGAUGCAACAGCAAUACAAGCAAUACCAAAUGCAGCAACAAAAGAAGCAUUUACCCAUCAGUAUUUUGAAAAAGCAAUCGAGGUCUGAAGCUGGUCAGAGCGUUGCCACUGGACUGCAAUCAUUCAACUCCCUCAGUACCAAGAAAAGUCGAAGAAACCCGGUGGCAAGUAAAUACAACGAGCCGCGAGUGGAAGUGAAAGGUAAGCCGGCGGUUCCACCCAAGCCCAAGAAAGGUGCCAGGGCAGCUGUACUUAAGAAGGAUCCACCAAAGCCAAAACAACCCACAUAUCAGCAUCAAAGAAAUCUGAAAGCCCCAAGGAACACCCAUCACUCUGGUUGCUUCAAUUUCGGAAAAUGUGCCAGCCGAUUGAUAGAGGGCUUCGGAUGGGACGCCAAAUCGGAAACAUCCAUGCAUUUGGCUGCCAAUUCCAAUAUCCAGCUACCGAAAGAGGUAUUCAGGUAUGGAGAUGAGAAACAAGAUCCACCAAAGGAGAAAUCCAUCAGAAAAUCAAACAAACCUGUUGCUGAAGACAAGAGCACUUCGUGCCGCUUUUUGGAGCAGCUGAACCGAAAACUGGAUUUGGCUAACGUGACCAGUACCGUCACUCUAACCAGAGCUUCAGGAACCCCCAAUCAGAGCCACACCUCCUUGGCCGACAAGGGCACCAACACGAGGGUAGACCAUUUGCAGGACUUUCUUAAACGAACUCCUCAGCGCUCCUCUUCGCCAAGUUCGAGGAAACUCAAGCUCAAUGAGCUCCUGAAGAACGAUAAGAUCAAGGACCUCGAUGGUAAUCCCAUGCUGCACUCUCUCAUGCAAUUGGUGGCUCAUAUGUGCGAGUCCAGGGAAGAGGAGAAGGCGAGGAAGGCCAAGGAGGAGGGACAGCCGGAUUGCUUGAGGGUAGGAGCCGGGGCUGAUGCCCGCCAGAAGCAGUACUCCGUCUACCUCAUGGUCACUUCCGACGAGGAAGAGGACAACAAAGGUUCCGACAAGAAGUCGGAAGUGGUUGAGUCCAGUAGUGACCCGAAAAUGGAGGAUGCUGCGUGCAGGGUUGAAAGCAUGGAAGACUAUACGAAUCGCUGUAGACAUGUCUACGAGGCUGAACAUCCCAUCUUAGGGCGUCGCAGGAAGAAACGGAAGCGUCAGGGUCUCAAAGAACUAGCCUACCCCUAUCCCAGUCCGCUGCCCCUGUUGAUGAGAAGACCCCUCCAUUGGCCCAAAGCCGACCCACCCAAGAACCCGAGUCACUCCCAUCGCACCAAGAACUCCUCUCGAGCUCGGGCUCGAACGCUGAAGAAGAAAGCUUCGAAAGUGCGACACCAGAGACCCAUCAGCGCAGUCCUUGACCAGAAGGGUUCGCAUCGCCUGUGGGAGGACCUACCCAUCACCUCAAAGGUCCUGAAAAAGGCCUACAGCCGCAUGCUGCCAUUGGGGGGAGCUACGGAGAGCAGCGUGAACCUGUAGGACUUGGAAUCCCUUUU